GCUGAAUCUCACCAAAAGCAUCUCAACACAAUUCGUCAUAUCUCAAUCGCUUAAUAUGACUUGAGUGAUCUUCAUAUAGAAUUGGAGUGACUAGUAAAAGAAAAAAAUCCAAAAUGGCAAAUAGAGAAAAUAUCAGAUUUUCUGACGAUAACUUAUCUGACUUGGCAAUACCAAUACCAAUCCAAGUGUACCUGUGGAAACAAGUUAGUCCAUUCAUCAAACAAAGAUUAGGGAAAUUUCAUGAAGCAGCAUGUAUGAUUUGUCAGCAAAGCUCCACAACCACAAUUCAUCAUGAGGUGAAAGAAUCUUGUAAGGUCUAUGAAAAAGUACUUGUUCAAAAUCUUCAGUCUGGGUUGAAGGCAGAUCUUGCUGAAGUUAUUCGCUCAAUUCCUAGAUGGCGGUUAAUUCAAGCUGCUCUUCCACACGUUAUGCACAGUGUAGCUUCUCUUCUACAUGGAAGAAUAAAAGACGGAAAUAUUCAAGGAUUGGGAACUUCAGAGACAACUUUAAUGUAUACAUUACACUGGAUUAUCUUAGAUGCAGCUGAGGAAUGCGCAGAUAGUGAUUAUGAUGAAGGAAUAAUUCACCCAUCUCCAUUUCACUACUUGUUCUCGAUUCCUACGAUAACACUCUUUGUCUAUCUCUUCGCUCCUAUAUGUCAUAAUUUCAAAGAGUCAGACUUUAAUAGUUUUCGACUCGAAAACGGUUUGAAGAUAUGGCAACCUAUGUGGGAAUUCCGGCAUCCAGAAGGCAUUUGUUUUUCCUCACAAUGUAAACCAAAGCCCAAAAAUUUCAGCAACAAAUAUUGGAAUCAGAAAAUACACUUUGGUGAUGUGUUUCAAGGACGUUCAAAGUCAACCCAGGAAGAAACAGUACAAGAGAGUCCUAUUCAAGAAAUCAGCACAACAAUUUCUGAAUCUGCAAUACCGACUACAGUGACAGUAACAGCCACUUUCUCGAAGAUAACAGAAGAUGAGAAUUGGAAUCAUCCAUCACCGAAAGAUACGGUAUUUCCGGAAACUAUACCUGAAGAGAGUUCAAGCGCAGAGGAAGAACAUGUUGUGAUAUUUAGGUUACCUCCUCUGUAUGAAAGUGAUGGUUUUCUGAGAGAUCCAUCAAUAUAUACGGCAGAGGCUAGUUUAUUUCAGUUAUCAAUGAAACGCAACAGCUUCAGCAGGAGUUCAUUAAAAUCUGAGGCAGGCUCCGAAACUGAUCAGAAAAUAACUCAACAAGGAUCUGGGUCCGAACCAGAGAAGGAUUCAGUACCUGAAAAGGAUUUUCUGGAGAACGUACAACCUACCUUGGAUAAAGGUAUGGGGGAAUCUGAAGAUUCACAGAAACAUACUACAGGUUAUCCAGGUUCAGAUAUUUGCGCUGCCACAUUUUUGGACGUAGCAGUUUUAAGAUGUUUAUUUAUUACAUUAUGGCAGGAAGAAGGCAUUUAUUGGGCUUUACAUUUUCUGUAUAACAGAUUACGAGACAUCAAUGAAGCAACAAGCGGCCAGCAACAACCAAGAAGACGUAGUAAUUCUUUGCCAAUACCUAAAAUAGAGGUCUCUUUGUACCAAGGGUCUGAUUCUAAGAAAUCAGAUAGUAAUAAAGAUUUUAUUGAAGUUCCUGAAGUGAAAGAUGUUUCACUAUUAUCAGAAUCACCGUAUGUGGGUAGGAAGCAGCGAUCAGAAGAAUCUAUACACAGGCGAGCCAGUGAGAAAAUAAAAAAGAAGAUGAAAAUGGCAGAUCUCAAAGCUUUCGUGGAAACAAAACUACUUUCUAAAUCUGAUAAGGCUCUUGAAAAAAUCGGACAAGAUGAUCCUCAAACUCUGGCGGAGCAAAUGGAUUACCACAGGAGUCUAGAUACAGGCGAUGAACAUCUUACUAGACCAAGCUCUUCUGCAAGAAUUUCAUUUGCGCCUAGUAAUCUAGUGAAAGGAAAAAGCAUGCCAAGCUUAAGCUGUUUGAUAGAUGAAUUAUGUGCUGGAGGAUAUAUCGGAGAAAUUCAUUGGGAACGCCAAAAAGGUAGUAGAUAUGGUGGUCACAGUUCUCAACCUAUAGCGAAUCCUAUCAUAACAGUGACUGAACACACUCCUGUACCUUCACCUGAUUAUCUGAGACGACAGGGUUCCAUGGAUAGCCAGCUGGACGCAGCAAGUCUAAGUGGUAGUAAAAUGGGACACUGGAAUGAAAGAAAAGCAAGUUUGACGAGAUCUCAAACAGAUUCCAAUAUAACAUAUGCUGGAGAAGACAUCCCAGAAGCGCCUGGAUCAGCAUGUUAUAUCACAAAAGAUGGCGAUAUUGACUUAGAUGUUGUUCUGAAGGCUGUUCAUGCAACUGCUCUCAGAGAUUCCAAGUUCUGUACAUUGAGAGUUGUUGAGGUAAUAUUGAACUUGAUAGAGCUACUCAUGGACAUGGGAGUUUUGAAACAAUUCCUAAGAGAUGAAGCGAUGAUAAAUCAAACUCCAGCAGAAUCGACUGAUCGAAGUCCUAGAAAGCCAACAAAAGGAUCUCAAAAUAAGAACUCUAAUGGGCCAGAACCUGAGAAAUCUGUCAAACCAAUGACAUCACACCGGUUAAUUAUGAAUACGAUAACAAGAAUACUCAAGCAUCUGGGAUGUCCUCAUGGUUGUUCAGAUGGACAAAGAGGACCUGCUGCCGAAUUUUUGCGUACUCAGUGUCAGAAUAUUUUGACAAAAUUGAAUAGAGCCAGUGGAAAAGAAUUUAAAGGCUUUUUGAGAGAUUUUAUCCGAAAUCAUACUCUUCCGGACUUAUUAGAAUUUUUUCAUGCAUAUGUUGGAUUUUGUAUUGACCCAAGCUCACUGCUUUCUCCUCUUAGUGUGGGUGGUUCUGGUAUAAGAGGAGUUGAAGGAGAAAUAAUUUCUCAUACCUUCAAGCUGUUGGUAACGAGAUUUGUUGAAAUAUCAAAAGAGAUGAAGUUGCCUGAAAACUUGAGUAUCCACUGUGAAAUAAGACAACUGAUGAUUUAUGUCAAAGAAGGACAUGGAAGUGUUUUUAGGAAAGUAGUAUUAAGUGCCUUAAUUGACACAGCUGAUCGACCUAAUAAAAAAGAAAACAAGAACGUUCAAACAACCAGAGUCAUAAGACACAUGCAUCACUCUGAAGUGGAAGAACCAGUUGAACCGAUUUCUGAAACUGGGAACUAUGGAAUGGAUGACAAAAGCGCAAGAAAACUCCUUUUCAAAAAAAGAAGUACAUCUUCAACAUGUGCGAAUCUGUUGAUUCAGAGCCUGUUGGAAACCGAAACAGAAGAAUCGUUCAGAACCAGCCAAAGUCCACUAGGUAAUUUCAGGAAGAAGCAUCAUAUAUUGACACCUCGCCAGAGUGAGAGAGCUUUGGGGAUAGUGGAUCCUUCAACAACAACCAAACCGAAACCAAUGUCUAAAAUAGGUAAAAAUCGAUUUGAUAAGCCAAAAAAUUCAAAUAACGUAGAAUUUUCAGUCAAUUGGUUCAAAAAAAGUGGUCAAAGUUCAACGGAUAGUAUAGACAACUUUGAAAAUGUGGAAAAUUUCACGGAUUCAACAAGCUGUACAAGACCAACCAAGUUCUCCACAAAAUCAUCUUCUAAGGGCAAUGUCGGACAAACUUUCCAAAAAGCGAAGAGGAGGGUGGAAGAUAAGUUUACUAAGUUUGUAUUGAAGAAAGGGAAAAAGAAGGACGGCAGUAUGGAGGAACCUUCUGGAACUUAUCUAAGCCGGAAAAAUUCUUAUGACUUGGGUGAAUCCUCCAGAGAAUCAGAAUUUGUUGUGUUGAAAGAGAGGAAGUUGAUUUCAACAACCACUGUGCUCAACGGGACCAUGAGGUUCUCCUUUCUAUUAGAAGCAUGUCCACCUGGUUCUGUGCCAGAUGCAAAUUUACUUGCUUCUGUUUUAGAUUUACCCCGAUCAGCAAAUGUAGCAAGGGCUGCAUUCUUAAUGGAAUGUGCAUACUUUGUACAUUGCUGUAAUAAGGGUCAAUGGCCAUCUUGGAUGAAACUCAACUAUCCGAUAUUUAGACCUUCAGUUCCCCUUCCAGCAAGAGGGCCACCGACUGGUAUUCGAAGGUCUCAUAUCCUUCAAAGAUCUGCUGGGAAAAUGUUUCAACAAUGGGCAGAGAUGCUGGGCCAACGUCUAGAGAGCAUGAUAAAGGAAGAUAAAAACAACGAAAUGCAGAUAUCAGCGAUGGUAGCUGAUGAGCAGAAGCAAAAAGAGCUUCUGACUCAGGAUGAAGAGGAAGAUUUCCUCGAUGAAGCGAGUAUAUAUUGUUACGGAUCGAGUUGUUCAGCAGCCAUUCGUCUCUUGACCUGUAUAUUACUCCAUGAAAUCACUGCUUUUUUACGAGAAACAUACCAAACUAUUCCAAAAUCGUCAAGAAUGACAGGAAAGGAAAAACCAACUCCUUGGGAACGAUUGUAUAGUAGAGAAGCAAACAGGAGAUGGAGUAUGGCACUUUCCUCUAUGGGUCAUUCUCAAACUUCUGCACAAAGUUUACAGUCAAUAGCAGGUGAUCGUGAUUCAGGUCAGACUGAGAGAAAAAUAAGUUUUGUGCUGCAUGAGCCAGAUAAUGAAUCCGAAGGAAGUAGCAAUACAACAGUAACCAUGCAAGGAGAGGAUGGCAAAAGAAUAAACCAAGCCUCUAGACCCUACCUGCUUCGAAGAGGAACUGCAGCUCAAGGAGGAGGAUCUUUCAAGAGACGAAGUUUGAAACUAAGAAGAGGGACAAAAGAAGGAAAAGAUAUGGAAACAGAUGCACGUAUAGCUGAAGGAGUAUCAGUUAAAAGAACUGAUUCAAUACAGUCUAAGAGGAAAGUUAGUUCGAUUUCUGAUAGGAGUGACACGUCAGAACCUGGUGUAACAGGUGAAGUGAGUGGGGAAGAAUCACCAGGAGUUUUGAGUGAUGAUCAACCACCAGAGAGUCCUACUGAUAGUAAUGACACUGAUGACACGAAUAAGCAUAUGCCUUGGUUGAAGACAAUGGUCCAAGUCAUGAACUCAUUUUACUAUUUUUGUCCUCAUCAGAACUUCUGUCACCCUUUUUGUUAUAGAAGGGUCAUGAGAUCUUGUUCACGAUUGGUGAGAGCAGUGAGAAAGGUAUAUGGUGAAGAGUUUGGUGUUCUGGAGGAUAAGAUGUGUAUGGACUUUGAUAAUAAGAAGAAAAAUAAAAAGGAAAAAAACCAGAGUAGAAAGAUUUCUGAUCAAACUAGUUCGCAAGUAUCUCCUAUACGACGCAAAGAUAGUGUUGGGAAAAAAGAUAGAAUUGAUAAAAAUAUAGAUCCAUCGUUACUCGCAAAACUAUCCUCGAAGGAUUCAACCAAAGAUACUCCAGUCUCAGCUAGUGGAAGUGAGACAGCUGAAACAGAUUCAUCUAAGAAACAGAGCAGCAGUUCUGAAGAACCACCGCCAAUCCUGAAAUAUUUGAAAACUCACGUCAAGGAUGCCUUUCAUGCACCACUUGCUACACUCAUUAAGGGUGCUGUGAUUCUUCCUGAAGAGCAAUUUAUUGCAAUCAUUCCAGUAGCAUGGGAACUCCUUCUUGAAAACAACCAAGAAGUUGCUGCAUGCGCAGCUUCUUUGUUCAUCUUAGCUGCAGUAAAAGCUCCCCACCAGGUUUCUGAUAUAAUGCAACACAAUUUAUCACAUUCGGAUACGAAUACCCGAAUAGACGCCAUUUUCAGGUUUCAGGUUCUAUGGAAAAUGAGGUACCAAGUGUGGCCUAGAAUGGAAGAAGGCGCACAUGCCUUAUUUAAAGUCCCUCCUCCUGGAAUAGAGUUCACAUUACCAUCACCCAAAAUUGGAAUCGAAUCUUUGGAUGUUGUGGAUUCUCCUUGGGAGUUGUACGUAAAAACAAAAGUCGAAGAAGUGACAAUUAACCAAGAGAGACAUAGAUCAUUGGUGACUGCUACAAAAACGAGAAAAAAACAGCAAACUGAAUUGAUCAAAAUGGCUUUACAAGCUCAGGACGAUAAAAAGAGAGAGGAAAGAGAAAAUUUUUUAAUCACCACUAUACCAAUAACCAUACAGGCAUCACAUGAGCCUAGUCUUUAUCAUACGAGUGAAGAUCAUGAGGAAGCUGAUGAUGAACAAGUCGAUGGUCAACCCCGAAAUACUGGCCACCAUCUACAUUCAGCUCAUUCCCUUUUCCCAUCCUGCUUAUGUUCUGCAGUUGUUCAGAUAAUAAAUUUGUUGGACGAUGGUGCUGUUUCUGAAGAUGGAAAUGCUGUUUAUGAAGUAGCAUAUUCUGUUAUCUGGUGCUGUUUGGUCGAAGACAGUGCAUUAUUCUUGAGGUAUAUUCUAGAGCGUCUUACCAGAGAUAAACAAGAGAAGAUUUUUAAGAUACUCAGACACUUGAUAAGAUUUAUUCCAAAACUUCCUCAGCAGGCUGCAUUUGCGCUCUAUAAUUACAUAAUUGGUUAUGUGAUGUUUUAUGUACGGAGUCCUCAUGAAGAAGGCCAGCAUUUGAUAGGAGCUGCUCUAUCUCUCUUGUGGAUGGUUGUUCAUAGUGUUCAUGGCAUUAUGUUCAAAGAUUUGAAACAAAUUCUGCGUAAGGAGCAAUGUGAUGCCUCUAUACUUCUUACUGCGAAUGUUCCAUCUGCAAAAAAAAUUAUAGUACAUGGUCAAGAAGAUCGAGACGCAGGAAGUAUUCCAACACAAUUUCCUGUUCAGGAAGACACUCAAUUCUGUCAAAUAUUGCGGGAAGCACUGGAGUAUUUCGGAAUUGAUGAAAAUCGUCGACAUGAGUAUUUUCUUAUAGAUCAUAAGACUCGUCAAAUAAGAAACGCUAAUUCCUACGUAAGAGACUUCUACUUUUUCAAGAGGUCACAAUACCCACAACUAGAAUUGGCAUACAUGGAGGAAGAGAAGGCUUUUAAUGCAUUGCAGAAGCAAGAGCUGGUUCAUAAGUUCAUUGAAAUUGGAAAAGUUCUUCUAACAUGGGCUAUCUUGAAGAAUGUGGAUAUGGUAGUGCAAAGAGUUGUGUUUCUUCACGAAGAACUGAUGAAACUUCCAUCCUUUCCAAGAAAAGCCCUGGAGUCUAAUUUGGAACUGUACAAGGGUGGCGAACUCGGAAAAGUCCUUUUAGGGUUGGAUGUUCUUCAUAAGUUUAUGUGGAUACGUUUGAUAGCAAGAAUGUUCGAGGCAAUGGCUGGAAAUUUCGCCUAUUCCAGUGACAUUCACUUAUUUUUGAAUGUUUUGAAUGGCUCUCUAAUUUUACAUUCGGAAGAUGCCCUCAUCUUGAGAUACGUCAUGGCAACCUAUAUAAAUGCCGCUUUUCACUUCAAAAAUAUAUUUUCCACGAACGGGUACUUACUGAUUAUGCCAACCCUGCUGAAGAUUUAUUCGAAUCAUCAAACGAAUAAACUGGUCAAAACAACAAUUGAAUAUGCAGUAAAACAAUUUUACCUGAUGAACAGAAAGCCCUUCAUCUUGCAAAUGUUCGGAUCAGUAUCAGCAAUGUUAGAUACUGAUGAAGAAGGAACGUAUGGAGAUGCCCAUAAGAUUCAGUCGAGUUGCCUUUUCAAUCUUCUCUUGAGUUUGGAAACGCCAUCUCCAGAUCCUUUGAGCAUAGCUGAACUGGUGAAAGAAGAUAAACCUUUGAAAGCGAUUGACUUCUGUUAUCACGAUGAAAAUGAAAUGGUUACCAUUUUGGACUGCAUAUCACUUUGUGUCAUGGUUGUGUCCUAUGCUUCUGAUAGUGUUAGAGGAUACCAAAUGCUGAUCAUCUUAGAAGCUAUUUUGCCUUGUUAUGUACAACAUAUUCAACUGCCUUCUUACAAUAAAGAGGGGAAAACUGAAAAAGAAAUUAUAAAUCAACUUGCAGUGGCAAUAAAGACACUAGUGAAUAAUUGUGAAGCACUUACGAAGAGCUAUAAUGGACCCCACAGAUCUAGUCCUGAACAUAAAGGAUCUAGUCAAAGGAAUUACAGCAGAGGACCUUACACAUCUGGAUUCGAUUUUGAAGACGAAUCCCAUACAAAGUUCAUGAGCGAGCAUUCGAGGGCUAAGAGUAUGUAUGAACAUGAUGUUGAAGAUUCAGAAGCACUCAGAGCUGCAUACAGAAGACCUCGAGACGUACUGCUAUCUUUAGUUGGCGAAUUUAUGUGCAGAGCGACAAUACGGAUGCAAGAACUGUAUAAGAAGAAUAACCAGGAAGGCAAGAUUAUCGAUUUGCUCGAUAUUAAGUCUCACAUAAGAUUAGCUGAUAUAGCCCAUAGCUUGUUGAAAGUAUCGCCCUAUGAUCCAGAAUCUAUGGGAUGCAGAGGUCUUCAACACUAUAUGAGUUAUAUUUUACCUUCAACCGAGUGGGCUAAUGAUGCAAUGAGACCAGCUCUUGUAACGAUUUUAAGGAGAUUGGAUAAAGUCUUCCAAAAGAUCUCAAAAAAACCUUCUAUAAGGAGAAAUACUGACUGGGAUGCAGCUGCAGGUUUACUGAAGGGGAUAUAUGAUACUAUGAAUAAAUAUCCGUAUAUAAGUAACUGGCAGCAUAUAAAGGGUCUUCUCAACACUUGUCAGAGCCUCAUUGUCACUGAUCCUAAUUCUGGAGAUGGUGUGCCUUCAGCAACUGCUGCUUUGAUGAGUCAAGCCCCUCCUCCACAGUUUUGCUCCAUGGUUGUUCGGCUUAUAGCCCUACAAAUGCAAAAUAAUAUUGAACAAUCAAAUGCUCUGGAACAAGUGUGUGGAGGCAGCUCAGUGUACCCCACGCAAGAAAAGGCUGAAAGCAUGAUAAUAAAUUUGAUUAUGCCCCUAUGUUUACGAGUUGGAACUGGAACAAUACCACAAAUGAGUCAAGCUGACAUUUCGUUCGCACUCACAACAGUCUUACAUGCAAUGCAUCCACCAACUAAAAAUCUAGGUCCUAUUGGCCCAAAUACCAAAGGCAUUGCCGAAAUAAGAACCGGCAGCUUAACUUUCACUGGUACUAGAGAUACAAAAAUUAACACUAAGAUCAAUGUGUCAUUAUACCAGGUGGCAUUCUUAGCAUUGAAAAUAAUCAUCAUUUGUUUUGAGCCUGAACUUUGUAACGAAUGGCACAGAAUAACAAGAGUUAUGAGAGAACUAGGAAAGAGAAACGAAGCACAUACCUAUUUGUGGGAUUUCUUGGAGUUCGUGGUUACUCACAGAACUCCACUCUAUAUCCUGAUGUAUCCAUUCAUAUUUCAAAAGCUCUCCAAUCCACCAAUUUCAGAUCUUGAGAGGCAGUAUCACUCAAAAAUAAGGGAUAAAAUAAAAAGCCAUAAUUUUCCAAAAUGUCGGGGGGCACUUCUAGUAGAACUGGCCCGUCGAAUGAAAGAGCUCAAAGAGGAGCUAGAAGAUUCUUCAGAAAGCACAGAAUCUCAAAAAAGAGACGAACCAAUGCAGCCAACUGUAGUGAUGACUUCGGAAGUUAGUAAACAUCCUAGGCAUUCCUUAAUAGGUUUGUUGACAGGCGAAGGAAAAUUUGGGAAUGAUCAGACGCAUAGUCACUUCGGACAUAAAGAAUCUUCAACAAGCACGAGUCAUGUUUCAACGCCAAAUCAAGGUACAGCUAACAGUAUUCUUGAAGGAAAUGAAUCACAGAAAGAAAGCUCAACUCCCAUCAAUCAACCAGAUCGUUCUUCCCAAAGAUCUUCGGUGAGCGAGGACCGAGGCACUCAAAUACACAAAUCCGAAUCUUUCAUUGCUCAGAAGGUUCAAAAACUGCGCUUUGUUUCUUCCGUAGAAUUUAGACAUUCAUCAGGUGAAACGUCCACGACGCCGUUAAGUCCUGGUAGUCCUGCAGAAGAGAGCUCUGGUGAGAAUCAACCUAGUAGAUCCAAAUUGCAGAGAAUAAAGCCUCAGAGUAGAAAGACAUUUCGCUUGAGAAGGAGCAGAAAAAACAGCCAUGGAAGUGAGGUUUCGCAUGUUAAGCUCACAAAUGAAGAAGAACUGAGCAAACCUUCCUCGCCAGUAACAGCAACCUCUACACGCUCAUCAGAUCAGAGCUCUGGCAGUCAAGCACAGGUUCUUCCAGAUCCUCAUCGCUUGCGUAUAGCCACAAGAAUAAAUCCAACCGAAGGGUCAUGGGACGAGGACAGUGCCGUAUCUCAGACAUCUAGCACUUCGGGUUAUCGAGAAUCAUACCCUGUGAUGCACUUGAAGGAAACAUUGGAAUCAAGCCCCAAGGCUUUUCCCCCUCUGGCUUCGCCAGAUUUUCAAGACCUGCCUUCUACCAGCAGUGCUACUACAACCAACAAUUUCAUGCAAGGUGAUAACAGCUCCCCAGAAUGUUCUCUGAAUGAAAAUGGGGAGAAAACAGCAUUGCUGAGCCAUGCUGAGAGAUCCUCGUCUCAACAGUCUUUGUUAGUUGUAUUCGAUCAACAAGAUGAAACAACACUCAUCUAAAUGUUUAGUUGGAAUUAUAUGUUGAUAGUUUAUAUUGAAAAUAUAUGAAUACUUUUGAAGAAUUUAUGUUAGAAAUAUAGUGAUACAUAAAUGUCAUCUGUAUGUUCAAAGUAUAUGAUAUUAUUCAUAAUAGUAUUUUUGAGCAAGUAUAUAAUUCGUUGUGAA